AUGCAAGCAAAGAGCAGCAAAUAAAUCAAUCAAAAUGUUAAGUACACAUACAUACAGUAAUUGAAUGUGUGUGUGCUGCACAUUAUGACCUUCACACAUGGAGUCAGUGUGGGUUGGCUGUCGCCAACCUUGCGUUUGCUCAGCUCCGAGAACAGUCCACUGGGCUAUGAAAUUACUUUCGUUGAAGCCUCGUGGAUCGGUUCACUUAUGGGCUUAGGCUCCCUAGUCGGUAAUAUUGGCUUUGGAUUAUUACUCGAUCGUAUUGGUCGCAAGACAUGCAUGUAUGGGCUGGCCAUCCCCAAUAUGUGCUAUUGGAUUUUAAUCUACACGGCAGAAAGCGUGGACUAUUUGUACGCUGGACGCUUUCUAGCUGGAGUCGCAGGUGGUGGUGCCUACGUAGCUCUGCCUAUAUUUAUUUCUGAAAUUGUCGAUGACCGCAUUCGCGGUGCCUUGUCAUCCAUGGCCAUGAUGAAUGUUUGCUUCGGAACACUCAUCGGCUUUAUAAUGGCUUCGUAUCUGUCCUAUUAUCUGAUGCCGUGCAUCGUUAUAGCACUGCCCAUUAUAUAUCUAUUGGCCAUCUUUAACUUACCUGAAACGCCUAUCUACUUGAUACGAAGAGGUCGCGAUGAGAAAGCUGAGAAAUCAUAUAGAUUUUACAAGAAUCUGAAAAACAGCCCAAGCGAUCAAAACGAGUCUGAAAAGCAUGAUGAUGUUAAGAAUGAAUUCAAGCUUUAUCGGGAAAUGGUUCUGCAAGGUGGCGUACGAGAGAAAGUAACAUGGCAAGAUUUCAUAAACAAACCGACGUUGAAGGUAUUUGUUCUUAUCUUUGUUCUAAUUGUGACGAAUCAAAUGUCGGGCAGCUUUGCCAACCUCAAUUACACAUCGAAUAUAUUUGCCGAGCUCGAGAACAGACUUAAUGUGAAUACCUGCACCGUGGUGGUGGGCGUGGCACAGGUUGUGGGCAUCCUCUGUGCAGUCAUGUUGGUGGAUCGCUUUGGACGUCGCGUUCUACUGCUUACCUCGAUGGCUGGCAUGGGCUUGGGCGAGUUGGCCAUUGGUCUGUUGAAGGAUCUGAGCACAUCGGAGCUGCUGGCCGAAUUGUAUUGGCUGCCACUAACUCUUAUGUGUUGGGUGGCCUUCAUAGCGGCCGUAGGCAUGGUCUCUUUAGUAUUUACGAUCAUCAUGGAACUGCUUCCCGCGAAGAUACGCUCCAUUGGCACCUCACUCAGCAUGGCUACCUUCAGUUUCUUCAUCUUCGUGUCACUGAAAAUCUAUCCCAUCAUGAUUGCCAAUUCGGGCCUGGGCCCUACCAUGUACAUGUUUAUAAAUUGCUGGCUACCCGAUAAGACGAACAAAAUGGUACAGGGGAAAUUAAAUUGGCUCAGUCGGCGAUAUCGCUGGCAAAUUAUUUCCUCCAUGACGGUGCACACUAUGCUUCUUAAUCAUGGCGUCUGUGUGGGUUGGGUAUCACCCACAUUGCGUCUGCUCGGCUCUGACGAAAGUCCACUAGGAUAUCCGAUCUCUAUUAGCGAAGCAUCAUGGGUGGGCUCACUUAUCGGCUUGGGCUCAGUUUUUGGAAAUAUAUUUUUUGGGCUAUUGCUCGAUCGAAUUGGCAGAAAGACCUGCAUGUAUUUUCUAGCCCUGCCAAAUAUUAUGUAUUGGAUUCUUGUCUACACUGCACAAAAUGUAAAUUAUUUGUAUAUUGGACGUUUAUUGGCUGGUUUCGGAGGCGGCGGAGUUUAUGUGGCUCUGCCCAUAUUUGUGGCUGAAAUUUCCGAUGACAAUAUUCGUGGCGCUCUGUCUUCCAUGGUAACGCUGUAUUAUUGCGUUGGCGUACUGAUUGGUUUUGCAACGGCCUCCUAUCUAUCCUACUACCUCAUGCCCUGCGUUAUUCUUGCCAUUCCCAUCUCAUAUAUGAUAGCCAUCAUUCGGUUACCCGAUACGCCAACAUAUUUGCUGCGAAAGGGUCGCGACGAGGAGGCAGAGAAAUCCUAUAGAUUCUAUAAGAAUCUGGGUAAGAGUCCUGCCAUGCCAAAUGAUUCUGAACGCGAUGAUCCCGCCAAGAAUGAGUUUAAACUAUUUCGUGAACAGGUAUUGCAAGGCGGUGUGAAGGAGAAAUUAAUUUGGAAGGAUUUCAUGAAUAAAGCCGCCCUCAAGGCCUUCGUCCUUAUAUUUGUGCUAAUUUUCUGCAAUCAAAUGUCGGGCAGCUUUGCCCUCAUAGGUUACACUGCAAACAUUUUUUCUGAUCUGGAAAACCAACUCAAUCUGAAUGUCUGCACAAUGCUGGUGGGCGUGGCUCAGUUGUUGGGCAUUGUGUGUGCUAUGGUUACGGUAGAUCGCUUUGGAAGGCGAGUCUUGCUGCUAACCUCCUUUGGGGGCAUGACUUUAGGGGAAGUGGCCAUUGGGCUAUUGAAGGAUCUGGGCACUUCGGAAAUACGUGCCAACUUCAAGUGCCUACCUUUGGUGCUUAUGUGCUUCACUAUGUUCAUAUCUGCAGUUGGAGUUAUAUCUUUGGUCCUAACUAUUACUGUGGAGUUGCUGCCAGCUAAGAUACGCUCCAUUGGCAUUUCACUGAGCAUGGUCUUAUUAAGUUUCGGAAUCUUUGUUGCACUCAAAAUCUUUCCCAUUAUGAUGUACAGCUUCGGGCUAGGGGCCACAAUGUAUAUGAUGGCCGGAGUUUGCGCAUUCGGUUUCAUUUUCUUGGGCCUCUUUCUGCCCGAGACCAAAGGCAAGCAGAUGACAAAAUAGCAACAGACGAUCACCGUUGAGCUCAGCGGCUAA